AUGGAUCGAUCUAUUUCUUCAGGAUCUGUUCGAUUCGAAUCUCAAGAUGUAUCAGGCGAUGUCGAAAAAGAUAAAAUUCAAACGAUGAUUCUUAAAACUGUAGUAGAAAUAUCUGGAAGCCGUUGGAAUGAUGCUAGUCGUAUUUUGUGGGAAAUGACGAAUUGGUUAGUGAAUAAAGUUAUUCAUGAAGGUGAAGCUAUAAAUAUUACUCUUGGUGCUUGGCAUUCUUUGAAUGAAGCUUGGUUGUAUUUUUUAUGUCGAACGGGAGAAGAAAUUAAGACAAAUACAUGUCAUCCGUCAAUUACAGAAGUUCAUUUAGAAAUGCUUGGACAAGAUAUUAUUGGAUGGUGUGAUCAAUUAGAAAAGUAUGGAUUAGUAGAUUAUGAAAUGGGGUUUUGGGAAGAACGAAUUCUUGAAGUAAUGCGUUAUGUCUUAACACUGUUAAAAGCAAGAAAAGUAGGAGCUGGAACAUAAAAAUUAGAUAAAUGAAUUAAUAUAAAGUGGAAUCGAGUGC